AUGACGAACUGGGCUAUCUUCCUCACCGCUCCGCAAGCGCCACCCAAGACGCUCAACCGGGCGCUGCUAUAUGUGCACGACUUUGAGUACUCCGAGUUCCCCCCGGAGUUCGGCUGGAUCCUCCUCAGCUCCAAGAAGCUCCCCUCGAAGGCCAAGGCGCGCAAGCCCACGCGGCUGCCCAUCACCCCGGUAAUCGCCGCGAGCGAGUGCGCGGGCAUGUCGCUGGCGGAAAUCAACACCUUCGUGCGCGCGAACGGCAAGGCGCUGGAGAAGAUCGACCUGUCGAACAGCCACUGGGCCGUGCUCGACCAGCGCGGGCUCGAGACGGGCACGUGUCUCGUGUGCCACCAGACGUACGCGCCGCCGGCGGACGGGGAGGAGGGGGAGGGGAAGAUGACGGACGAUUUCCGCGCGUGCCGGCUCCCGUGGGAGAAGGCGUGGGGCAUGAUUUCGAAUCUGGACAUGGCGAAUAUGAAUUUCGAGGAUUUUAUUGACGAGGAGGCGGGCGAGCAGGAGGACGGCGCGUGGCUGUACCGGUCGGCGCCGCCGAGCGACGAGCCGGAGGCGGAGGCAGAGGGAGAGGAAGAUGAGGGGAAUGAUGAUGGAGAGGAGGAUGGAGGAGAGGAAGAUGCGGAGGGCGAAGAUGCGGAAGAGGAUGCGGAAGAGGAAGACGAGGAGGGAGAUGAAGAAGAAUGGGAAGACGAGGAGGAAGGGGAAGAUGAAGAGGAGGGGACACCCGGAAUGACCCGGCAGGCGGUAUACGAGCUGCUCAAGGCCGGUGACCAUGUCGAUUGA